AUGGCGAUCAAAGAGGACCGACCGAAGCUCAUAGUGGGUAUCGACUUCGGGACAACCUUCAGCGGUGUUGCCUGGGGGUUGGAAGAUAAUCCCGAUAGUAUUGAUCUCAUUCAGACAUGGCCAGGUGGUGGUAACACCACAAGCCAGAAGGUUCCGACCCUGUGUUCAUAUAAGGACAACAGGCUGAUAUGGGGCUACCAAGCUGAUCUGCCACGCUGCCCGGGAGAGCAACAACAACUCAUCCGAGGAGUUAAGCUUCUGCUAGACGAAAGUCAGCAGUUUCGGUAUGCACCUGCUGUCAACUCGCGGGGGAUUAUCAAAGAUUUGAACGUGACACCACUGGAGGUCGCCGGUGACUACUUAGGCAAGCUGGUAGCCCAUGCUCACGGAAUCUUGAGACGGCGGUUUGGAUCGGUACUGGGAACAAUGGACUUGCAAUACAUCCUUACUGUGCCCGCUGUGUGGUCGGACAAGGGUAAGGACACUACUAUGCGGGCAGCGCUUUUGACUGGUAUCUCACCCACCAGCCUGACUCUCUUAUCCGAGCCCGAAGCUGCUGCGGUUUGUGCCAUCCGGACUAUUCGACCGAAUUCUAUCGCGAAGGAUGACUGUAUUAUUGUCUGUGAUGCUGGAGGUGGAACGGUCGAUGUCAUUACCUAUCGCGUCAAGCAAACCGAGCCAUUCAGAGUCGAGGAAGCCACAAAGGGAACUGGUGCUUUAUGUGGCUCAGUGAUGUUAGACGAGAGGUUUGAUGCCCUCAUCAAAGAACGCGUUGAGAGAUCAUCAGGUCAACCUCUUCCCGAUGGCCCUGCAAGAACCGCUAGACAAUAUUGGCAGGACUACGUCAAGCCAAGCUACUCCGGUCCUUCUGACGAGGAUGAUUUGUGUGAGCUAGGAUAUUUUAUCCCAUUGCCUGGGGUUUCUGGGAUCUCUAACGUCGACCAAAGCAAAGGGUACUUAUAUCUCGAUGGGGGCCAGGUUCAGGGUAUUUUCGACCCAAUAAUGAAAGAGAUUGAAGAUCUAGUGGCCGACCAAAAGAAAAGUGUCGAGAAAGAUGGCUACACAAUUAAAGCCAUUGUUCUCGUGGGAGGUCUUGGAGCCUCGGCGUAUCUCUUUAAGCGCCUAGAGGCUGCAUUCAGCGGCAUUGAAAUCAUGCAGCCCCAAAAUGCGUGGUCUGCUGUUGCUCGAGGUGCUGUUAUUCGAGGCCAAGAAGGCAAUCAGGUAGACAGUCGCAUUGCCCGAUGUAGCUACGGUAUCAAGACUCGGAUCCCAUACGAUUGCAAUAAGCAUACAAACAAUGGGACGGUUGCAUGGUGUCCUUUUGAGGAGAAGUGGAAAAGGGAUGGACGCAUGGACUGGUUCAUCCGAAAAGGGGAACCAAUAUCCGAGUCUGAGCCGAUCAAGUUUGAUUUCUAUCGUGUGGUUGCUACGACCAAUAGCUCUCUGGUGUUUACAGAGCACUUACUUUUUUGUCUGCAACCCACAGCUCCCGGGUGGAUAGACUCCACGGUUACAACGCUGUGCGAAGUAGACGCGGAUCUUAGCAGAGUCCCAAGAGAACUUUUUGUGAAGAAAACGAACUCGAGGGGGCAACACUUCUACCAGAUCGAUUAUAAGUUGGUUUUAACGCCAGCAUCCGCAUCGUUGCUGUUUGAACUGUAUUUCAAUGGCGUGUCCUAUGGAAGUGUAAAAUCUCGCUACUGA